AUGACAGCUUACGAAGUCAAGGGCAAGUUCGCCAUCGUCACCGGCGCUGGUUCUGAUGUUUCCGACUGGAACCAGAUCAGCUCACUGUGGGCUACCGCACUCGAAAUCUUCCCACAAGUUGAUAUCGUCUGCAACGGCGCUGGUGUUUAUGAGCCUCCGUCAAGCUGUUUCUGGAAUGCCCCUGGGGUUUCUCCUCUUGCCCAAGACCCCGUUGAUGCUAAAGUUGGACAAUACAAGACAUUCGCGGUCAACACGAUUGGACCGAUUCGAUUGGCUCAGAUUGCCAUUGACUAUUGGCUCCAGAACCGCAGCAUUGAGGGCAACUGUUGGUAUCCCUAUCACAGGGGAGUUGGUUCGAACCGUAGGGUCCUGGGGGUGACGAAGUAUCAAUAUCUCUACUUCCAAUCCGACAGCAACCUCCUUUGGAUCGCCAGUCUAGGCGGAUACGUCCAUUCAAUGCACACGCCCAUGUACUUUGCCAGCAAAGCUGCGAUUGUAAGCAUGGUUAAGAGUCUUGGUGGUCUCAGGAAGGAGCUGGGAAUCCGCAAUGCUGCAGUUUGCCCCGGAGCAGUUUAUACUCCUAUCUUCCACCCCGAGUAUUGCCGGGAUAGAGUCCGUCCCGAUGAUCUGACGCUCACUCCGCAGCAAUGCGCCGCUGUCCUGAUGCGUGUGCUUUGCGAACCCGAGUUUGGCGAUGGAAACGUGGCGGAGACGAUGUUGGUCGGAAGCAAGGAUGACAGCUCCGUCAGCGUCCGAGAGGUCCCACUGCAUCUGCUUUAUCCAAUAGCCGGGCCGGUGGGAUAG